AUGUCUUUUCUGGACUCGGGUUUGAGACCGGGGUUUAACGGUAAGAAGCAAGAAAGGUCCUUCAGUCAAACAUUUGCGGCAUUCUCUCGAAGUAUUGGUGACCUUCAAAAGAAAACUGGGCUGCUAGGCUCCAAGCGAGACUCACAGACGAUCAGGUAUGCGAUUGAAACGGAAGCAGUUCCUCAAUGCGAAACUCUACGUGAUGAGGUCGAAAAUCUGCUGAAGCAGGCCGAUACUAAUCCAAAGUUGGUGUCAGAUUUUGCUGGACUGAAAGAUGAGUUCUUAAUGACAAAAAGACGGUACUACGAAAAUCGAGCGAAAUUUCCCAUUAGAAUGAAGACCUCCCGCACCGAUUCCUCGUCCCGAAAUUCUGGAUAUGUAUCAAUGCCCGCUGCCAAAAUCUCAGAGACAACACCAUUACUGCGAGACGAGGAACAGCAGGUAUAUUCUCAACAACAACAACAACAACAACAGCAGCAGCAGCAGCAGCAGCAGCAGCAGCAGCUGACACAAGAGCCUGGGGCAGAGCUUACGCAGGAUGAACUCAACUUCCACAGUCUUAUUCAGCAAGAGAGAUCUCAGGAGAUUAGCCGAAUACAUUCGGCAGUACAGGAGGUCAACGCCAUCUUCCACCAAUUGGGCUCUUUGGUGCGAGAGCAAGGCGACGACGUCGACGCUAUUGACAACAAUAUUUCAGGACUUUCAGCCAAUUUGCAUAGGGCAAAUGAACAGCUUGGGAAAGCUGAGCGAUCGCAGCGAAAGCGUAAUAGAUGCGGAAUCGUGACAUUGGUCAUAAUCGUCGUGGUGGUCCUCGUGGUGGUACUUGCGGCGCUCAGUUAG